AGGUGAAGCUGAAAUUAGACACCGAACAUGUCGCAGCAUCUUUCAUGGACGGAUCUUUUGGAGAAACAUCCUGCAUUUAAAAGCAUUCAUACAGCUACAGAUGACCUAGAACCUUUGCCGAAGCAAGUGUGUUCUUUUGAUACGAAACUGUAUGUUGCAGUGGGUAAUGAAGUACGACUUGUGGAUUGUGAACACGUAAAGCAUAAUAAAGGAGGAUCAGAAGCAACUUCUUUUACCAAAUUAACGCAUCCUGAAUUAAAUUUUACAAUCUUUCAGCUUGUCAUAAGCCCUAAUGGGAAAUUCUUGGCUGUUGUUGGAAAGUCGAAAGUAGUUGUCUUGGGAUUGCGUUCAGAAGGUGAUGCAAAGCCUUCUUCUUCUUCUUCCUCUUCCUCUUUCAACCAAUCUUUCAACAAUACUCCUGGAAUUUUUGGUAGUACUGGCUCAUUAGGUUUCAAAGGUUCGCAAGGUCACUCGACUAAUUCUUCAGAAAAACCUAUCUACUAUGCUGGAAUCAUCAAGUUGACUUCCCCAGUAAUUUGUGCUAGAUUUCAUCCUUUGGGAAGAUCUGGCCGAUCUUUGGUAUUACUGAAUGAAACCCAUUUAACUUUAUAUGAAGUUGAGAAUGGUUAUCUAAAUCCUGACUAUGCAAUUCCACUUUCUUUCUCCGACAAACCAUCUAAUGCUUUCGAUGUUGAUGCGGAAGGACAUGUCCCUGUUUCUUUUACCUUUAACCAUUCGACACAUGGCUGGAGUGCUUUUGUUGUAUAUAUUUUGACGAUAAGUGGAGACGUUUUCGCUCUUUGUCCUGUUAUGCCAAGACAUGCACUUAUCUCACGUACAAUACUUCAGCAAUUGUCAUCAGAAGUUUCUGAAUAUCAUCAAACUUGUAUAGAUUCCGAGAAUGCACAACAACUUCUACGCUGGAUUACAAAGCUGAUUGGAGAUGCAGCACUCUCUUCGGAACUAAAUUCUCGAAGUGGAUUUUCGUUAGAAGACAGCAAUGAGUUUUCUAAUUUUUCUAAUGUACUUGCUCUUCAGCGUCCUGAUGAUUUUACACUCUUACCUGCUUUACAAGGACCCUUUUUAAUUCAACCUCUUCGCGGUGAUGAUAUCUUAGACAACUGUUGUGAUAUUGUUUCUCUUGGAACGCCAGUGAUAGAUGUGAUAGUUAUUUCAACAGCCUCUGGCCAAAUUGACCUCUUUUUGUGUCCUUCAAAAUUAUCUGGGAAAUGGUCUUUACCUUCUCAACGUAACGAACCCUCCAAACCUCUUGUCCUCUCUCCAAUUCACACGCUUAGACCAUUUACUACAAAGACGGAUUACACCACUAUACAUUACGAUCAUUUUUCACCUUUAACUUUCACAGUUUACCAUGCUAAUGGCGCUCAUUCAAUCGAUGUGGAAACCUGGGUCAGAGAUUUACGGCUGCUAUAUGAAAACAAACUACACUUCAAAAAUGCUCGGGAUAAAAAGGAACUGCUGGAUAUUCUAUCAUCCAUUCCUGAAUCUACAGAAGUGAUUGAACGUGUGAAUACAAAUCCUUUAAAUACUUCUGCAGAUCCAGUUGUUGGUUGUACGCAAAUAAAAUAUCCCUCCUUAGGAAGUGCUUUUCUUUACUUGACCAAACACCGUCAGGUUACGGUGAUAGAUGAAUCCGAACACUUGGAUAUGCCAGCCAUAGACAGAGAUUUCAAGAACGAAGAUUUGUCGGAAUCAUUUCACAUCAGCAUAAAUCGUGAACCAGAUUCUCAAAACCUUAUGUAUCAGUCACUCUUGUUACAAUCACCGUUUGAAAAUCCUUACAUUCAAACAUCUCCUGAGCGUCUUAUUGUUCCACCUGAACUUGGCGGAAAACUUGGCGUGUCUCCGUAUUCUCUCCGUUUUCUUGGAACAGCCGUAAACCGCAUGCGUGACCAUCUAGAUUUAAUCCACCAAGGAAUCAUCGCACUACACUAUCGUUUGGGCCUGCAAAAAGAAGAAUUUCUACGUCAACGCGAUCAUAUAAUAAAGCUUAACAAACGAUUUAAUCUUGUUUCUCAAAAAGAAUGGGAUACAAAACGGUUUGCUAAUCUUGAAAAACGUAUCUUGCAAUGCGAAGGACGUGCAGAUGUUGUAUUACAGCGGUGCAUGAACGUCCAUUCACCUAAUUUGAGCGAUCAAGAGAAAGCGUUUGCGAGAGAGUUAGAACGUUAUCGUGAGCGGAUAUUGGGUGAACGGGGUAUUGAGAAAAAACUUCAAAGCAUAAAGCCACUUUUACAACACGGAAAUAUGCAAUCUAAAGCGACAUUUUCCAAGCCUUCCGUUCGUCCAUCUUCAAUAGAACCGGUUGCUUUGGAUCAAUUGAAGCAGUUAUUAACUCAACAAAACAAGUCGAUACAAAUUAUGAAGGCAAAGAUUGUUUCGCUCCAAACAAAAAUUUGAAUAAUGCUCAUCCGUGAAAGUCAAGGAAGUUUUACUAAUGAGUCAUGGUUAUUUCUAGUUUCAUAUGCCGUUCCUUCUCAUUCAAAAUCUACCGGCAAAACGUCAAACACUUACAAUGACUGCAAAGAAAGAUAAAAGACUGGGUUUCUGAAAUGGAUAUUUACAAUAUUGUAAAUUUGGUUUUGGUUUUAGAGAAAAAAAAUCAUAGACCAUGUGAAUUUAUUUACGUUUGCUUGGACUGUGAAAUGACUUGGCAAUCUCAGGUUAACAAGGGAUCACAAAUGAAAUUGUAAAUUAAACGAUAUAAAAUCUAAGAAAGAAAUUUAAUUUCAAAGAAAAACAAAACAAAGAACAAGCAAGCAUGAACAUGAAUUUUUUCAAUACUCACACAGAACCAUUUACAUUGUGAUACAUCGUUGCAUCUCAUAAAGAAUUUUAACACGAAACUAAUUGGCAUUUUCCUUAUAAUGGAGUCCAACGCAAAUUCGCUUUUUUUGAUAUGUCCCUUGGGUCUGAAAUUCAUUACUCUGCCAAUAUCGCAUUAAGUAAGAAACAGUUUGG